UUACGCGUGGACACCGGACACCAGGCUGGGGCGGCGGCGGCGUCGGGGCCACACGUCCGUCCGCAGGUCGCCGGGGCUGCGCGCACCAUGGAACCCGGGUGCCCGCAGCCGUGCGGCUGCUGCGAGCGAGUGGUGCUCAACGUGGCUGGGCUGCGCUUCGAGACCCGGGCACGCACGCUGGGCCGCUUCCCGGACACGCUGCUCGGGGACCCGGUACGCCGCAGACGUUUCUACGACGGCGCGCGCCGCGAGUACUUCUUCGACCGGCACCGGCCCAGCUUCGACGCGGUGCUCUAUUACUACCAGUCGGGCGGGCGCCUGCGGCGGCCAGCGCACGUGCCGCUCGACGUCUUCCUGGAGGAGGUGGCCUUCUAUGGGCUGGGCGCCGCGGCGCUAGCGCGCCUGCGCGAGGAGGAGGGCUGCCCCUUGCCAUCGGAGCGCCCCCUGCCCCGUCGCGCCUUCGCGCGCCAGCUCUGGCUGCUCUUCGAGUUCCCCGAGAGUUCGCAGGCCGCGCGCGUGCUCGCCGUUGUCUCAGUGCUCGUCAUCCUCGUCUCCAUCGUCGUCUUCUGCCUCGAGACGCUGCCCGACUUCCGCGACGACCGCGACAACUCGGGGCUCGCCGCGGUGGCUGCAGCUGGCCCGUUUCCAGCUCGGCUGAACGGCUCCAGCCCAGUGCAUGGACCCCCACCUCGCUUGCCCUUCGAUGACCCGUUCUUUGUGGUGGAGACAUUGUGCAUCUGUUGGUUCUCCUUCGAGCUGCUGGUGCGCCUGGCAGCCUGCCCAAGCAAGACAGCCUUCUUCAAGAACGUGAUGAACCUCAUCGACUUCGUGGCCAUCCUGCCUUACUUUGUGGCACUGGGUACCGAGCUGGCCCGGCAGCGGGGGGUGGGCCAGCCAGCCAUGUCACUGGCCAUCCUGCGAGUCAUCCGACUGGUACGCGUCUUCCGCAUCUUCAAGCUGUCCCGGCACUCAAAGGGCCUGCAGAUCUUGGGCCAGACCUUAAGAGCCUCCAUGCGAGAGCUGGGCCUCCUCAUCUUCUUCCUUUUCAUUGGUGUGGUCCUCUUCUCCAGCGCAGUCUACUUUGCUGAGGCCGACCGGGCAGACUCCCAUUUCACCAGCAUCCCUGAGUCCUUCUGGUGGGCAGUGGUCACUAUGACCACAGUUGGCUAUGGAGACAUGGCGCCCGUCACUGUGGGCGGCAAGAUAGUGGGCUCUCUGUGCGCCAUUGCCGGCGUGCUGACCAUUUCCCUACCUGUGCCAGUCAUUGUCUCCAACUUCAGCUACUUUUACCACCGGGAGACAGAUGGCGAAGAGGCUGGGAUGUACAGCCACGUGGACACGCAGCCCUGUUGCCCACUGGAGGGCAAGGUCAAUGGGGGGUUUGUGGAUCGAGAGGUUCCUGAGCUCCCACCUCCACUCCUCUGGGCUCCCCCUGGGAAACACAUGGUCACCGAAGUGUGA